AUGGCUCACCACAAGAGCUCAGGCUCCAAGGGCCGCGGCGGCGGAAAGUCCCACGGCAGCAGUUCUAGCAGCAAGAAGCAGUAUAUCGAGUUCCAGGUCUGGUACUGUGACCACUGUAGACAAGGACCAUACAACCCUGAGAUUGUCGUGUUCUGUACCAACCCCGGCUGCGGACACCAAUACUGCGGCAAUUGCACGGUCGAAAUAGUCCGCCAGCGUGUUGAUCACUGA